GUCAAUUAGGUGGCCCGGAUUUCAUUGCUCGCAGUGUAUAACACAGAGCGUUCGGGAUAACAGCUCGCGUAUUUCUCAAAAAAAAAAAAAAAGAUAAAAUGAGCGAAACAAAAAAAUUUCAAGUUCCUUCUCCUAUCCCAGAGAAGCUUUAUAGGCUAAUAGACGGUUUUCGUCUGUCUAAAGCGCUAUUUGCAGCAUGUGAAUUGGAAGUCUUCGACAAACUGCGAUCCGCAUCCUCACCACAAUCGGCCGACGAUAUAACAAAGGCAUUGUCCUCCGAUCUAGACGCCACCACACGUCUCAUGGACACCCUUGUGGCAAUGGAAUUGCUAGAAAAAUUCAAACAGGGUGACCAGUGGUUGUACAGUAAUUCUGAAAUGGCCACUAAAUUUCUCACCAAAGACAGUCCAGAUUCGUAUCUAGAUAUGAUUGCAUUGAUAAACAAAACGUCAUAUUUCAUGUUUGGAAAUUUAGAAAGCGCAGUUCUUGAAGGAACCACACAGUGGAAGAAGACGUUUGGAAUGUCUGCAGAAGACUGGUUUCCCAAUUACUGUAACACCGAAGAAGCCAAAUUACGGUUCAUGGGGGCCAUGCAUUGUAAUUCACUCUAUGCAAGUUAUGCUGCUGCUAAAGCCAUUGAUCUAAGCGCGUACAGAAGCUGCUGUGAUCUAGGAGGUAAGUCAAAAAACGGAAAGUUCGAAUACAUCACACGAUAUUUUUAAACCUUUGCCUGUCAGCACUGUGAAAACAAUACUGGCUGAAGUUUAUUCCACCUCUUCUGAACGAGCAAUAUAAAGAAACCGCGUUUGGUCUCACAGCGGCUAAACUAAAUUAAUAGUCGACUGAAUGCAAUAACAGAGAGAAAUUUUGAGCCAAGAAAAAUGUCUUAAGGAAUUUGCAUAAUAUAGUCAGACUUUCAUUCCAAAUGUAUCUUAUUCUUCUUUUCUUAAUUUGCUGUACCAUUUUAAUUACGCUGGCAGCCCUAGCGGGGGAUACUUAGGCCAAUUUAGUAGAGAUAAUUUAUAACACGAAACUCUAUAGUAAAAAACAUUGUUAUAAUCUCGGUUUAUUCAUUUAUUUAUUUAUCUCUUCAAAUUAGAGGACAAGCUUGCGCUCUAUGGAACUGUCCACAUGCCAUUUACGUAGAAAAACCAGUCGUAGGGGUUCGCAUCAAAUAAAAUUCAAGACUUCUGUUCAAAUUCCGUUAAGAAAUUGUGUAAAUCUCUCCUAUUUACCAGAAAAAUGGCCACAACAGCCUUAAAUUAGAAAUAAGAUAGAGAUGGAGAAACGCGUUAACUUCCGUUUUUAACAUCCCGGAUGGGGAAAACACGGCUACCUUUUUGGAGGUCACGUGUCUGCCAAGAAUUUUUCGCUGGGUUUACACAAAAAUUCUAUCCAAGCAAGAUUUUCGGAAAAUUAGUUGUAAAUGUGGUAAACAGCAAACGAUCUAUGACUCUGUUUGCUGAAAUGGACUUUUAAAAUUCCCUAUUUCUCCCUGCUCUAGGGGCUGUGGGCACUCUAGCCUAUGCUCUCUGUCAGUUCUACCCUGAAAUGAAGGUAACAGUUUGUGACUUGGAGCCAGCCGUGAGUUUAGCCCAUCACUUCCGACCAUCAGUGGAAGCUUGCCCAAAUCAAGCCAAUGUUUCUUUUGCGGUCGGCGAUUUCUUCAAACCUGAAACCAUACCAAAGGCUGAACUGUAUGUGUUGUCUCACGUUCUCCACGACUGGUCAGAGGAUAAAGUUGACUUGAUUCUUUCAAAUGUCUACAAGUGCUUACCCUCAGGUAAUUUUAAUAGAAAGAAGGUUUUACCGUUCUUUAAGGGAUCCAGCACGCACGUACGGCGUCAAGGGCCAUAAUUAAAUCCAAACAGAAAAUACUAGGUUCUGCAUGUAACUUACAGUUACGUGAGGAUCAAGAAAACGGGGUUUAUUAUGUCUCUGGUUAAAUUACAGACUGAGAGGGCAUCGAGGAUUACAGUUCAAGCAGGAAAGCUGUAAAUGAUCGAUGUGAGUGAAAUCCUACACACGAGCGUCAAAAAUCGUGGCUUUGUGACGGCAAAACACUUAACACACCCAUAUUAAAGUCCAAUCUUACAAGAAACGCCGUAACAGCUUUACAAUGUUCUUCGCUCAUGAAUUGUAAGCAAAACGAACUUUCAUUCUGAAUUCACGGUCUUUAGUCUUCAAUUGAAACGAGCCCUCGAACUGACUGAUGAAGAAGUGCUUUGGUAACAAAGGGCGUUUUAAUGUAGUACGUAGCCUACACAGUGACGGUUGACAGUGCAUAUAGAAAUGGCAUAUAAGGUUUAGACUUUUUAACUCCCUCAGUAACUGAGGGACUAAAAAGGACUCAAAGUAAUCGUCUGAAAUUCAGGUUACUCUUUUGCCAUAAAAAGGCAAACAACGCUCUAUUUUUCAUAGCUCUUUUAUUUUUGUAGGUGGUGGACUCCUCAUUUGCGAACGGAUUUUAAACGAAGACAAACGUGGCCCAUUGCCUACUCUCAUCUACAGCCUUCUAAUGUUGGUGUCCACGGGUGGAAAAGAGAGAUCAGCUCGAGAAUACAAGCAUCUCCUGGAAAAGCAUGGAUUUAUAGAUGUUCAAGCGAAACGUGUUUAUUUUACUCAAGACGCCAUUUUCUGCAGAAAGAUGUAACAUGCAGCAACCAUUGCAUAAAAUUAAGUUGAACACUGCCUUACAAUUGACUUAUGGUCAUUGAAUGCCAGUGAAUCGAUUUAUCUUAUUUAUAUUAGAAUUGGGUAUUCUUUCCUAGUAGGAUAGCCAUGGCAGCAGUGGCUAUGGCACCGAACGCAAAUUAACGCAUAAUAAAAUUAACUGCCCCUGGGGGAGCUUUUUUGGCAGUGUUACGGACUUGUAUGGCGUUGCAGCGU